GCGUACUCUACAUCCUCGUAUUUCACAAACUGCAGCCCAUCACAGAGCUCGAUGGCAAAGACCUUUUCAACGUGUGGCAUCAAUGCAUCAUGUGUCACCUUGAUCUAUGAAAGGGAGGGGUCCAUCACCGAGAUGCCAGCCCUAGCAAUAUGACGUAUUACAAGUCUGAAGGCGCCCUGAUGGGUAUCUUCUACAACUAUGAUUUUUCAUCAUCACUGUCGACUCCGGCGGGCUCUCGAGGCAACGAACGCAUGGGCACAAUACCGUUCAUGGCGCUCGACCUCCUAUCUACCGCGUGGGGUCAACGAGGCGAAGUCAAACAUUUGUAUCGCCAUGAUCCGAAGUCGUUUAUGUGGGUUUUCAUCUGGAUUUGCUUUCGUUACAGGGAGGGAGUCCUCUUACCACCGGCAUCGCGCCCCUUCGAUGUAUGGGCGGCUUCAGGCGCCAUCACCUGUCGCAGAGCCAAGCUAGAUGUGUGGCAAUUCCUUGUGGGUUGUAUCGUGGAGUUUAAAAGUGAUUUCGAUCGUCGAGCCAUGCUCGGCCUCCGUGCACUCAAGAACCCAGGAGUAGUCCAGCAGUCUAUCGAUGAGGAAUCCGAAUCAGCUAUUGAUAAUUACUUACACAUGUUUACCAGGACUGAUGGCUGGGUUAAGCUCAAGCACCGCAUCCUUUCACAAUGAUUUCCCUACAUACGGGUUUCUACACCUCAGGUAGUACUUCUCGGUGGCGAUACAACUCUG